CAUCAGCCCAGUCCUGGUGAAGGCAGCUGACGGACAGAAAGUGAGCGAGCGCGAGAGAGAAGAGCUCGGAUUGUAACAUUCCCCCGCGUGACUCUCACUGGAAUAAUCUAAAGUCAUCUGCGAACAAAUGGUCUGAAAGGGGGGAAAAGAAGCAUCUUAAGAGUUGGAAGUUUUGUCUCUUUGCAUGUGUUUUGGGAUGAAGCACCUGUGGGACAUUCACUUCCUCCUGAUCAUCCUCCUCUACCUGCUGGGAGCCGUCACAUCGCAGGUCAACCCAGGUGUGUGUCGGUACCCUCUGGGGAUGUCAUCAGGUCAGAUCCAGGAUGAGGACAUCUCGGCCUCCAGCCAGUGGUCUGAGUCCACCGCGGCCAGAUACGGCAGGUUGGACUGUGAGGAGGGCGACGGUGCCUGGUGUCCGGAGAUAACCGUGGAGCCGGAUAGCCUGAAGGAGUUCCUCCAGAUCGACCUGCGCUCGCUGCACUUCAUCACCCUCGUGGGCACCCAGGGGCGCCACGCUGGAGGCAUCGGCAACGAGUUCGCCCAGAUGUACAAGAUCAAGUACAGUCGAGACGGCCGACGCUGGAUCUCGUGGAGGAACAGGCAGGGCAAGCAGGUAAUUGAAGGAAACAGGAACGCCUAUGACAUCGUCCUCAAAGACCUGGAGCCGCCCAUCAUCGCUCGCUUCGUUCGCUUCAUGCCAGUAACGGAUCACUCAAUGAACGUCUGCAUGAGAGUGGAGCUCUACGGCUGCGAGUGGCUCGAUGGUCUGGUUUCGUACAACGCUCCAGCAGGAGAACAGAUGAGCCUCCCUGCCUACCCUGUUUAUGUCAAUGACUCCGUCUACGAUGGAGCCAUCAUCCACAGUAUGACUGAAGGUUUGGGCCAGCUGACGGAUGGAGUCUGUGGUCUGGACGACUUCACUCUCAGUCAUGUCUACAACGUUUGGCCUGGAUACGACUAUGUGGGCUGGAACAACGAAAGCUUCCCCAGUGGAUACGUUGAAAUAAUGUUUGAGUUCGACCGAACACGAAACUUUACCACCAUGAAGGUCCACUGCAACAACAUGUUCUCUCGGCACGUCAAGGCCUUCCGCCAGGUGGUCUGUUACUUCCACUCGGAGUCGGACUGGGAGGCCACACCGCUCACCUUCAGCCCGGUGGUGGACGAGAAGAACCCCAGCGCCCGCUUUGUCACCGUCAACCUGGCCAAUCACAUGGCCAGUGCCAUCAAGUGCCAGUUCUACUUUGCUGAUGCCUGGAUGAUGUUCAGUGAGAUCACCUUCCAGUCAGAUACAGCCAUGUACAACACAACUCUGGCUCCACCAAAGACAGGACUGCCACCCUCGCAACCAGAAGAAGACCCCACCCACAAAGUAGACGACAGCAACACCCGGAUUCUGAUCGGUUGCUUGGUGGCCAUCAUCUUCAUCCUUGUGGCCAUCAUCGUCAUCAUCUUGUGGAGGCAGGUGUGGCAGAAGAUGUUGGAGAAGGCCUCUCGUCGGAUGCUGGACGAUGAACUAACUGCUAGUUUGUCAAUACAGAGUGAGACAUUUGGCUACAACCACAACCAGUUGAGCACAAACAGCGAACAGGAAUCUAACUCCACCUACGAGCGCAUCUUCCCUCUCGGUCCCGACUACCAGGAACCGUCACGUCUCAUAUGUAAGCUGCCGGAGUUUGCUCAGAGCUCAGAAGAACCCGCUUCCACCAGCACAGCAGCUUCUAAAUCCACCACCACGACUACCGUGGUCCAGGAUGGCGUCCCUCACUAUGCAGAGGCGGACAUUGUGAACCUGCAAGGUGUGACGGGAAGCAACACGUACGCCAUCCCUGCAGUAACCAUGGACCUGUUGUCAGGGAAGGACGUCGCCGUUGAGGAGUUCCCAAGAAAACUGCUCACGUUUAAAGAGAAGCUGGGAGAAGGCCAGUUUGGGGAGGUCCACUUGUGUGAAGCAGAGGGAAUGCAGGAGUUUAUGAAUAAAGAGUUUUUGUUUGACAUCCCCGAGGACCAGCCAGUCUUAGUGGCUGUGAAGAUGCUGCGUUCAGAUGCCAACAAAAACGCAAGGAACGACUUCCUGAAAGAGAUAAAGAUCAUGUCGCGUUUGAAGGACCCCAACAUCAUUCGCCUUCUGGCUGUGUGCAUCUACAGCGACCCUCUCUGUAUGAUCACAGAGUACAUGGAGAACGGAGAUCUCAACCAGUUUCUGUCCCGCCACGAACCAGAGGGACAACUGGCUCUGCUGAGCAACGCACCGACUGUCAGCUUCAACAAUCUGUGCUACAUGGCCACUCAGAUAGCCUCGGGGAUGAAGUAUCUCUCCUCACUAAACUUCGUCCAUCGCGACUUGGCUACAAGGAACUGCCUGGUGGGCAAAAACUACACAAUAAAGAUAGCUGACUUUGGCAUGAGCAGGAACCUGUACAGCGGUGACUACUACCGCAUCCAGGGGAGAGCGGUGCUGCCCAUACGCUGGAUGUCCUGGGAGAGCAUCCUGCUGGGUAAAUUCACCACAGCGAGUGACGUGUGGGCUUUUGGCGUGACCCUGUGGGAGAUACUAAACUUCUGCAAGGAGCAGCCGUAUUCUCAGCUCACUGAUGAGCAGGUGAUAGAAAACACAGGGGAGUUUUUCAGGGACCAGAAACGACAGAUCUACCUGCCUCAGCCUGUGCUGUGUCCAGACUCGCUCUACAAGAUCAUGCUGAGCUGCUGGAGGAGGAACACGAAGGAACGGCCCUCCUUCCAGGAAAUACACAAAGCCCUCCUGGAAAUACAACCUUAAGCCAAGUGCAACGUUUCAGACAGUGAUUCCCGCUCUGCUCGUCUCUGUAGCAGACACCGUCCAGGUUUAAGCUUUAACCUUGUUUCUGCUGAGGAACAGGGUCGGGGGGCUUCCUGUGGGCUUCAAGCUAUGAUUUGGGAAACACUGUUUGAUGGACACUACAAAGAUGGACUAACGGAGACGUUCAGUGUUUGUCAGUUUGAGUUCAAUCAGCACAAACAAGAUGAUUAUAGACAUAUAAAAAAAUAUAUUUUAUACCAAACCAUCCAUUAAACAGAAACAUGUGUUGAGGAACCAAAAAUGUAAUGUAGCAAGUGACAGUCGGCACUUUUGAAAAUAUAUGUCAUAUGUUAAUAUUUGUUUAAAUUUCCCAGUGUUUUGAAGUAUUGAUAGCUAAACUCAUGCAGCGUUGUCAUGUUGUGUUUUCUUUUGGAAGACUGCUUGAAUGUAGAAAAAGGAAAAGUGCAGCGAAACGGUUACUGUUACAUUUCUUCAUAUUUCAAGUAUCUCAUCUCUUUCCACACAUUCAAAACAACAAAAAUAACAAAGGAAGCAUCGACUGAUCCAGCAUUUUCAUCUCCCUGCAGUUUUCCUACAGCGAUUUGAACAUGAAGUGUAUAUGACUGUGUAUUUUCAAUAGAUAGGUCUAAAUCUCAAAUAUCAAUAUUUUGUAUUAAUAUUUAUAUGUUCAUAUGUGUUUGUUCUGUUCAUGUUUUGUUGAUAUAUUUGUGUAUUAAUAUGCUCUCUAUUUGGAGUAUCAUAUUUGAUUUAUUGCAGUAAUUCUUCCUGAUUUAUACACAAUUUUUUUCCCGCUGCAGAAUGUCUUCAAGUUGAUCAUAAUACAAGUUGUUUUUUGAUUAUUGAUGAGAUAUUGCAAUGAGGCGCCUAUCAGGAAUCCAGGCUGUAUGUGUUUAGUGUGUUUCCAGAAAGAUGUUACUGACUGUGUGGUGGAUGUUGAACAAGUUAGAGAGAAAAUUAUCUCUUUUUUUAAAUCAGAAAUGCAUUUAAAAUGAGAAUAUGCACUCUAAACGGUGUGUUUGAUUGGAACAAAGGAUUCUCUUUCACCACCUUUUAAUAAUAAACUAAAAAUCUAGCACAACUAAUAACUCUUCUACAGGUUUUAGUUGCUGGUAUUUGCUUAAAUCUCUCUUUUACUGAUGCAAUCUGGAUUCUUUUUGCUUUGAGUCUGUUAAUUUUUUCAUCUGUGCUUUCUGGCUUUAUCUCCAACAGCUUGAAAAUCACGCUUUCAUCCAAUUUAGCUCCAUUUACAGGCUCUUCCCUAUUACUGGUGGCUUUUUUCCCAUUUGUCUCAUAAAUGAAAGACACAGAGCGAACAUUUGGUGCUUUUCAGCAGAAAGAAACACCUUUGAAAGGCAUUUUCAACCCUCUCAGCGUUACAAAUAGCUCCACAAAUAUAUCAACACCCAGUCAGACUCCUAAUUUCUUUCGUUUUAUUGCAUCCUUGUACUCAAAUCUUUUCUUUUUUUCCAGUGAGAAAAUUUUAUGUGUUGUAAACAAAAACGUGUACAUUGCCAAACAAAACACAAAUAAAAUUUAAACAGGGGAUUCUA